ACUGAAUUUAUCCAACUCCACCCAAUCACAAGUACCAGAGACAACACAAAUGCUAGCCUUUACUUACUCUAUUUACUAUUCAUACCCCGACACCUGUCCUGAAUGAUCCAUCACGUCUCUGAAUGAAAAGUAUUUCACAUUCACAACCUUUUCAUGGGUUAAACAGUUGUUUUAUUGUUUGAUACAGAAGUUUGGCCCUCACUGUGACUCUAAGUAUUAUAGUGCCUCAAUAUAUCAUACAGCAGCAGUUUUAAAUCAGAUAUUUUGUAGUUUUUUUUCUGAAGUGUGAGCACUUGUCAGAGAAACAAUUUACUGUAGAGGAGCUCCUGCCAUUUUCUUAAAUGAAUGUCUAGCGUUUGACACCAGUGUAAAGUAAUGCCCUCAAAAUUCCAGGUAUGAUUAAGAAGAUGAUAGACGAUGUCUGAACAGGAACUACAAAUAUCUGGUUCUUUUUUUUUCAAAUUAUAGCAACAGCUGUUGCAGCUUUCAUGUCAGAGACCUCCUUCGGGUCAAAGAUAAACAUGAGUGCCAUUCAGGGCUCGGUUUAGCUUCCUUCAAUUAGAUGAAUCAGUUCUCGUAUGUGUUCUAUCUGCUUUAUUUAUCUUUCUCUAUAAUGACUCUGGGAUUUAGCUUAGAUGAGUUUGAUGGACAACCAACCAUGGGGAUACCCUGGUCCCUAAACCAGGAAUUGGUACUUCUGUCAUUGUGGGGAGAGCCGAAGUCCUCCUGGAAACUGACAUAUGUGUGGAUCUUGAACUUGAGAAACACAGUGGACUAACACUAGAAGAUGACGUGAAUGCUCAAACCGCUACUGACUGAGAAACUUUACUCAGGAUCUCAAGCAGAUUUCUGCCUUUAAUCUAAACUGGGAUCUUGAUUUCCAAGAAAAGAGGGCUUGGCACCACUAAACAACAGUCCGAUUAUUCUACCCUUGGUCCAGGAGCUGCUGUGCACGGCGACCCACCUGGAGCCCACGGACACUGACCCACAGAAUCUACAUCGACCAUGCAGUGGCUCAUGACACUGUGGGUCCUUGCUCUGCUUUUGUGGAUCCCGGCUCAGUGCCAGAAGAGAAGAAAGAAAGGGCAUAGAGACGACAACCACAUCAUCACGUACGAGGGUAAAUCCCUCAUCUGCCCGCUGGAGAUCAUGUUCCUGGUGGACAGCUCGGAGAAGGCGGCGCUGACGCUGUUUGAACAGCAGAAGCAGUUUGUCGUACGCUUCAGUGCCAGACUCGUGCGCCUCCACUCUCCUGGCUGGCGAGUGCGCCUCCGCCUGGCCGUGCUUCAGUAUAGCAGCAGCGUGUCCGUGGAGCACAACUUCAGGGACUGGCAAGACCUGGACGUUUUCCAGAGCCGGGUGUCCUCCAUGGCUCUCAUCGGCCAUGGGACCUACUCCGCCUACGCCAUCACCAACGCCACCAAGAUGUUCAAGGAGGAGACCUCCUCCAGCAGCCUGAGGGUGGCGCUGCUGAUGACGGAUGGAGAGGACCACCCUCGCAGCCCUAGCUCUGUGACGGCCGCCACCACCGCCAAGCAGCAUGGGAUCAGGAUGUAUACUAUCCGGCUGUCUGGAGCGCCGGAACAGGGCGCCGUGGGCAUGAAGCUGAGGUCAAUGGCUAGCUCGCCCCCUCAGCAGCACAUGUUCAGCCUCAGCGACAGCCAGCUGGAGGACAGACUCUUUGAGGAACUGAGCACGUUUGUGAAGACCAGGUGCCAACAGCCCCAAUCCUGCGGAUGUGAAAAAGGAGAACAAGGACGCCCCGGAGAACAGGGGGAACCAGGGGAGCCAGGCCCGCGUGGAGCUCCAGGUCCAAAAGGAUCCAAUGGGGAGCCUGGGGUUCAUGGGCGCCCUGGAAUGACGGGUCUGGAGGGUCGACCUGGAGGGAAAGGGGAAAGGGGGUCAAAGGGAGAGUGCGGAGCUGCUGGAACCAAAGGAGAGCAGGGAGACCGUGGAUCUCCUGGCCCCACAGGACCCAAAGGAGAACAGGGAGGCAGAGGGGACCCAGGAGACCCGGGUCUAGAAGGAGCUUCAGGCCCUAAAGGCGAGCGUGGACCAAGAGGCUCCUCAGGACCUCCUGGAGAUAACGGUUUAGGCUUCCCCGGUCCAAAGGGCAACAAAGGGAACCAGGGAAGACCGGGACCACAUGGAGUCCCAGGUGGAGGAGAACCGGGCUUAUCAGGACCUCCAGGACCUCCUGGGAUUCAAGGCUCUCCAGGCCUGCCUGGUGAAGGUCUGCAAGGACCAAAGGGAGAGCGGGGCUACGAAGGCCUCAAAGGCAGCCGUGGAGCUCCAGGACUCGGCACCAAAGGUGAUAAGGGAAACACAGGAGUCCCAGGACUGCCAGGAAUGCUGGGCUUCCCGGGCCCCGGCCUCCAAGGAGAGAAGGGGGAGCAGGGACCUAUUGGCCCCUCAGGUCCCAGAGGCCCUUCAGGACUGGGCACAGCUGGAAGCAAGGGUGAUCAGGGUUUUCCCGGAGACCCCGGAGCUCCAGGGGAGAGGGGUGUGGGUGAACCGGGAUCAAAGGGUGAGCCCGGACCUGACGGAGCUGCUGGGAUACCUGGCAUUCCAGGAGAAGAUGGAGCUGUGGGGGCCAAGGGGGAGGUGGGCUCACCGGGGCAGCGAGGCCUGGAGGGAGAGGCAGGCACAGGCAUACCUGGAGAAAAGGGUGACAGGGGGGACCGGGGACCGAGGGGCCUACCAGGGUCUCCAGGCCCAGUUGGACCUCCUGGGGCAAAGGGAGAACCGGGCAGCACAGGAACCAGCGGCCUACCUGGACCUGCUGGGCGUGGCUUCCCAGGAGCAAAGGGAGACCCCGGCUCUGUGGGACCUCCAGGACCUGUGGGAGAGCCUGGUGUAGGAAUCAUGGGACCCAAGGGAACCAAAGGAAGUACUGGAUCUGUGGGUCCAUUAGGGCCUAAGGGAGAGGGCAUACCAGGGCCACAGGGUCAGCCAGGUCUGCCUGGACUUCAGGGAGAAACGGGACCUGAAGGGAGAGGACUGCCUGGACCAAAGGGGGACAGAGGCUCACCGGGUGUCCCUGGACUCUUGGGUCCUCCUGGAAUUGGACUUUAUGGACCAAAGGGCUCUCCAGGACAGCCAGGCCCCUCAGGACCACAUGGGCCACCAGGAAAGGGAGUCCCAGGACCAAAGGGAGAGCCGGGCUUUCAGGGGCCAAUAGGACCUCGGGGGCUUCCAGGUGAUGGUCUUCCUGGGGAGAAGGGAGAUCAGGGAAAGCCCGGAGACAGAGGGAAGAAGGGAGAGCGGGGCGACGCAGGAGUAUCUGGCACACCUGGACCCUCGGGGACGCCUGGUGAAAAGGGGGGGCCAGGACUCACGAAAGAAGAAGUCAUCAACAUCAUCCAGGAAAUAUGUGGCUGUGGAGUGAGGUGCAGGGGAAGUCCUCUGGAGCUGGUGUUCGUGCUUGACAGCUCUGAGAGCGUGGGACCAGAGAACUUCGAGGUGGUCAAGGACUUCGUGAGCGCCCUCAUUGACCAGAUGACGGUGAGCUGGGAGGCCGGCCGGGUGGGUGUUGUGCUCUACAGCCACGUGGGCGUGGUGGUGGUCAACCUGCAGCAGCAGUUCAGCCAGCACGCCAUCAGGGACGCCGUCAGGGGAAUGCCAUACCUUGGCGAGGGCACGUUCACGGGCACAGCCAUCCAUCAGGCCACCCAGCUGUUCCAGGCUUCCCGUCCUGGCGUGAGGAAGAUGGCCCUGGUGUUAACAGACGGACAGACCGAUCCGAAUGACAGCACGCCGCUAAAGGAAGCAGUGGUGGCGGCCCAUGCAGACGGGAUUAAGAUGAUAGCUGUUGGGGUGAUGAGCAAAAGAAAUGCUCUAUUUGAGGACUUUCUGGCAGAGAUGAAGACAAUAGCUUCUGAUCCAGAUGAAGACCACUUCUACCUCGUGGAAGACUUCAGAUCGCUGCACACUCUGGAGAGUGACGUCUUGAAGCACAUUUGUGAUGAGGGCCACCUCAUCAGAACAACCUCUCCUCCAAACAGUGUUUCUCCAUCAGAGUCAACCCGUCCGGGAUCUUCAUCUCGCACAGACUCUGAGGAAGAGGAGGAAGUGGAAGAGGAGGAGGAAGAGGAACACGGACAGCUGCAGACCCCCACAGUGCCCCCAGCAGAGCUGGUCACCGAGUCCACGGAGGAUCCCUGGAAUGACCUGCUGGACGUCACGUUUACCCCGCCUGAUGAUGAGGGCUCAGAACUGACCUCCACUUUGAGCCCGCAGACCACACCUGAAGAGCUGCCGGGGAGCACCACCCUCAUCCCCCAGACUCCUGCAGCGCUGACUGUGUCACCUGUGUCAGGUGGGGGCUGCUCCCAGCCUCUGGAUCCGGGUCCUUGUCGGCUCUAUCAUGUCAGGUGGUACUUUGACCCUCAGGCCAACUCCUGUGCUCAGUUCUGGUACGGAGGCUGCCACGGCAACCAGAACAACUUUGAGACGGAAGAAGUCUGCAGGGAGGCGUGUGUCUUCACGUAACACACCAUGGAGGGGUCGAAAAGUGAGCUACGCUCCAAGGCUCCAUUGGCGGCACUUGUGGACAGAAAGGACGUAGAAGCUGGGGAAGGGGGCAUGUCAGUGCCUUAAGGCUGUGUCACUGCAGCUUCACUCUGACCUACUGCUUCCAAGCUGUCAUGACUGUGAGGCCCAUCGGUUUGCUCCACCUUUUUUGUUACUUCCUUCCUUCUCUGCAUCCCUCACCAUCUUCACCCAUGCAGUCCCACCAUAUUCUCAACUCUGAACAUGAAGCCGAUGGGACGUCCGGAUGCAGCAGAAAGUGAUGGACUCUGCGAGUGCGGCUUCAAUCCCGCACAGAGGAAACAUCUCUGGACUCCUCUCGCUGCUCACACCAGCUUUAGUUCAUGUUUCCUGAAAACAUGUUAAAACCACUUCAAAAAAGACUUUUUUUUUUUAGAAAGUUUUGCAGAAAUGAGUCUUAGUUUUUGGACAAUAACUUUUGUUUACAGUAAAAAUUGUGUUUUUGUAGAUGAAAAGCAAUAAAAAAAACACAUUAUUUGUGGUGACCCCCUGAAAAAAUAGUAAUUUUCCAGAUAGUAAGACAAUAUUUGCUUUUUUCGAUUAAAAAAAAAAAAAUUCAACUACAGCAAUUCUAGCUAUUCUGGCACAACCAGGUCAGGCUGUUUGAUACAAAUAUACGUCACGUUCACUUAAAAAAAUUCUUUAUUUAGCAUCUAUUUGAAAGCAAAAACAAAAAUAUACUAUUUUUUUCACAGCUGGAAAAUAAAUUCAAGCAUUAAGGGGUUAAACCCUUGGUUUUGUGGGCGGGAAACCCCAAAAUAAACAAAAGUUUCCACAGAUAUAUCAUUCCUCACGUAGAACUUGAAAAGAUUUUUAUAUAAUUGAAGCUUUGAUUAAAGUUGUAUUAUGAAUAAAUACUUUAUUUUCAUG